AUGUGCCGAUGUUUUUAUAAAUCAUUACCCAUAUUUCAUAGUUUUCUUGUUAUUUAUGAAGUUAUAUGUGGCAUUGUCAGACUUGGAAUAUUUUUUACAAAUAUAAAUAAUCAGUCUUGUAACUAUGAUAAUAAUAUAUUCAAUAAUCGAACAACGUUCAUUGGUUCCAACUAUGAUGGCUUUUUUAUAACAUUCCUUUCUCUUUGGUUUGGUUAUCGAAUUUUACGACUAUGUCGUACAGGUCAUCAUCAACCACGUACCAAUUGUCAUUUACGACAUCUAUUAGCCAGUAGACCCAUUCAACGUUUUCUUUUAUUUAAUUGUAAUUGUCCAUGUUAUAUAGCACGUCCCAAAUGGCGUUUUCUUGUACGUUUUUUAUUUAUUACGAUUAGUAUUGGUCUACGUUUGUUAGCUAUUAUUCUAUAUGCAACAGCACCAACUUAUUAUAAUUAUGAAUUUUCUAGUCGAACACAAAAACUAUCAUGGAUUUGUGCUAUUACAUUCGCAUCAUCAAUACUGACUUUAUUAUUGGAUUAUUAUCACUUUCGUGUUUGGUGGUAUUAUGUACCAUCAUGUGAUCACAAUCCAUUUUAUAGACGUUAUUUAAAGAAAUAUCGACGCUUUAUCCCAUAUCAUUUAAUGGGUGCAAAUCGAAAUGAAAUUCAAUUAUGGAAUGAACCAUGUGCAUUACAACGAUUUUAUCUCGAUCGAACAUUGGAAUAUAUUAUGAUAUUUCAUUUUAAUACGUAUACACCUACGCCACAUUGGUCGGAUGUUCCAAACAAAAAUCUAUUAACUACUACAUACAUUGGUUUUCAUCGUACAGAUGCUGAAGCAGCUGUUAGUAUAGCAUAUACGGAUUUCAAUGAAAGUAGAACUAGGCCGCAAAUGUUAGGUUUUGGUAUUUAUUUCGCUCGUUCAAUUUUUCAUACUCAGUUUAAGGCAAGACGGGAUGGUGCUAUUAUAUGUGCUGAAAUUCUUAUGGGUCGUGUGCUUGAAAUAGAAAAUGAUGAAUUAGGAAAUGUAUCAAAUACAGAUGCAUGGCAUCAGACUUUUGACACAAUAUAUUACCGUCAUCCACCACAACCAUUACGAGAUGAAUUUUGCAUUAAAACGACAAAGACUAUUAUAAUUUCCCCAAAUUUAUUGGUAAAUCCUGGUACUGAAGGAGGAUCUACUGUUGGUUGGAAGCAAACUGGUCCUUCGGCUGCCAUUGUUAAUUCAAAUAGAGCAUUCAAUGGUGGUUAUUAUCCACAUAGUGGAUCAUAUUGUUUUGCUGGCGGAAAUGGAUUAAAUGGUUCACAAUCAGGAUUAAUUCAAAAUGUUCAACUUCUGGGUGGUGUUCAAGGUUUCACAGAAAGUCAACUUGAUUCAUGUUUUUUCAGAGCAGAACUCUAUUUUUAUUAUCAAACUUGGGACAAUUUUUUUAUGCGACAUGGUCAAGUAUUAGUUAGGUUGACAUUUCGAUCAUCUUUGUCUUCUAUAUUGAAUACAGUAACUACAGGAGAACUUGCUUGCAAGACAUCAAAUGCAGGAUGGUGUCGUUAUAUCAAUAUGUUUCCAUUACCAAGGGGUACACGAAGUAUUGAUUAUAGAAUCACAUUCAUUCGAAAAGACGUGGUAGGCACAGAUAUCGACUCUUAUAUUGAUGAUAAUUCAUUGAGAGUUUUAUAA